CAGAGGAGGGGGGGGGGGCACUGUUGUCAUUCGUCAGGGCUGUGUGUCGAGCUUUUGUCCAAGAGAAAUGGCUGGGAUUAAAGCUCUCAUAAGCCUGUCCUUUGGAGGAGCCAUUGGCCUCAUGUUCCUCAUGCUAGGAUGUGCCCUCCCUGUGUACGAUAAAUACUGGCCUUUGUUCCUGCUCUUCUUCUACAUCCUGUCGCCCAUCCCUUACUGCAUCUCGCGGAGGGUGGUCGACGACACAGACUCGGCCAGUAACGCCUGCAAAGAGCUGGCCAUCUUUCUCACGACGGGCAUCGUCAUUUCAGCCUUCGGCCUGCCCAUCGUCUUUGCAAGAGCUGAAGUAAUCGCCUGGGGAGCGUGUGCGCUCGUGCUAACGGGUAACAUAGUCAUCUUCGGGACUAUCCUGGGCUUCUUCCUGGUCUUUGGAUCCAACGACGACUUUAGUUGGCAGCAGUGGUAAAACAGCGGAGGGAAGGGGACCUUAGUCUGAACUGUUUUUAUUAGCGUUACGAUUAUUAUUAUUAUUAUUAUUAUGAUAUUACUGUUUGGUUUUUGUUGUUGUUAUUUAUAUGAUGACCACCCAUCCAUAGACUCACACCAAACCAGUGCAAUACUUUCUUUUUCUUUUUUUUACCACCUGCAUCAUAUUGAACAGACACAAGUGGGAUGGAAAAUGCUGACUUUCAGUUGGAUUUUUAUUAAUUUUAGUAAUGCUCUCUCUGACUUGUGGUUGUGGGUUUUCUCCAUUUGUGCCCGCUUUCGUUCUGAGCGUUCUAAGCUGGUGAGCGCCUGUGAACAACUGCUUGUGUUAUUUGUGAAAAGCCCUGGAUGAAGCUUUCUUUAUACUAAGGGCACAGAUGGGUGUGCAUUUCCACUCCAUGCGCUGUGUUGAGUGAAAAUCAGCUGAAAAUCUUCACAGUACAAGCUCAUAUUUCACCUCUUAUGAUAAGAAAAAGCUCUAUUUCCAUUUGGUACAAGUUAUUUUGAUUGAAACUGUCUUUCUUUAGGUUUCUGCUAUUGUCAUGCUAUCAUUGCUAAGCUGUGAGAGCAAACAACUCUAGAAGAUCAGAUGCGUUUGUGAAAGAACUGGGGUGUUACAACCCUAACUCAUCUUUCAAACCCUGUUAUAUGUGUUGAUUUGAUUUAAAAUCAGUCUUUUCAGCAGCAUGUUCUUUCUUUCUGUUUGGAGCAUGUUGGAAAUAAGUGUUUACACUUUAACAUGUUAUCCUUUGGAUUUUGUUACAUCUGCAGCAGUCCAUAAAAAAAUCACACGUCAUCACACAAACUAAGGAGACGAUGUUCAGGAGUGCUUGUUUCCUCUGAACCCUGAGGAGAGGAUUCAUUCACCAUUACUGCAGAGAUCAAAUUAAACUGACUUGAUGAUUUCCCAGGUGCCAACUGGAUGUAGGCUGCUUAUUCACAUUUACUGUGCACACGAUCGCUCUUACCUCUCUCAAAGUAUGGGUAAGCCUGGCCUAUUAACGUCAAGAAAGCAUGAAAAGCCUAUAGUAGCCGCCAGCUAGCGUAGGAUUAGCAUGCGGACAGCAGCCUUCUUGGAAUCUCAGCCAAGCUAAGAACUGGGCUAUUUAUAAUAAAGGCCAAGUCAGUAACAAAGCUUUUAAAUUUGACUCCUUUAAAGUAAAAGCAUCUUACACCUAAUGUUAAUGUAUUUCUCUCUUUUCUCCUACACCAGCAUCUUCAUGAUGAAAACACUUUUUUAUGUUUUAUGAUUUGUUUUGGUUUUAAGUGUUUCUCUGUUCUCCGGACAAUUGAGGACUGUUGAUGUAAGCUGUUGUGUUGGCAGCUUUGGGAUCAGAACAGCCUGCAGUCAGUCAGGUGCAGCACAUGUAUUAGUGGUAGCUAAAAAAGGAAGUUAGCAUCUGCUGCCUUGUUGAAGCACUGGUGUGUUGAAAGGAUGGUUGAGUGUCGAACAUUUCCUUUUCUGAUGUUGGUUUUGUUGCUGUUGUUUUUGUUUUUGUGGAUGGCUCAGUUUGAAUAUGUGCUCUCUGGAAGAUUAAAAACUAGAUUUUUUUUAAUGACACUGAAGUAGCAUAAUAAAGUUAUAAUUGUGUCCCAUGAUUCCAAGUUUUGCUGUGUGUUAAAGGCCAGCCCAAAGGUACGUUUACCAUGGAUUACCAUGCACCGUAGAUUUCCAGUGAAACUUUUAACGCUUAAUUAAAUUAAGAAUUUUUUUCUUAUUUUUAAAACUUGACCACUUAUUUAAGGAAUAAUUCAACAUUCACUUUUCUUUCAAGAGUUAGAUGAGAGGAUUGAUACCACUCCACAUGGUAAUGGAGCCAGACACAAGAUAUGAUUAGCCUAGCUUAGCAUAAAGAGUGGAAGCAAGGAGUAAACAUGUUAUGUUUGUUUAAUCCAGCUGUAUUGUGCUUAUUUGCCAAGAUGGUGAACUAGUCAAGUCACAUUAAAAGCUACAAUUUCUAAAGAAGAACAAAAAAAUUAAACCCUUAUUUAGACCACAAUUCUUAUGGUAUUUCUUUCACACUCUGGGAAGAGAAAAGCAUUGGAAAUCUGCCUCAGGAACCCAUGACUAAAAAUACUGACACCUGGGUUCUGGCACUACAAAUUGGCAUUAACACUUCAAACACACUGUAAUAUCGUUAAUAGUACCUUUCUUGUCUGUUGUGCGACUCUUCCAGAGAUCACAACCUCAGUAAAGGCAUUGAUUGUAUUAAAAGCACCAUUAUGUUGGCAGCUGAUGACAGAAAACUGACAUGAUUUGUGCAUAUUAUUAUGUAACACCGCUUUGAAUCUGUUUUAACAUGCUAUCAACAGUAGAUUCACCCACUGGUGGUAGUCUGUAAGCCAGUCUAUGGUUGGACAAGCAGGGUAACUCCAUAUUGUGUUCCUAAGACGUGAACGUCUGUAAUACACUGUAUGUAUUUUAAGCUCAGUUUCUCAAAUGUUCUCUAACCGUCUGUUUUGUAGUCUGAUGUUAACUCCCUGAUGUGACAGAAUCUGGUGUGUAGCUGUGGGACGGGUUUCUCUUGUGUUUCUGUUUUGAGAGAGAUUUUAUGCUUUUUUUUCUCACAGAUUUGGGAGGAUAUUUUAUUUAUUUAUUUUAUCACAUAAUGCUUUGUGUCAAUGUCCAACGCCAUUUUCCGUCCACCACUUUUGUGUUAAAGAGGCUGAAGUCAGCAUGGUGGUUUUCUUUUUUAAUAAAUGCCAUUUUUGAACAUCC